CGGUGGGCGGGCGCCCGCUCCCUAAUUCCCCAGGUUCUGCUGGUCGGCCCCUUCGCGGGUGCUCCCAGGCUGGGUCCCGCUCAGAACCGCCCGCAUCCUACACGGGUCGCGAGGCCCAUCGCCGCGUCCUUUCUCCCCGCCGCCCAAGGUCGGACCCCAAGUCCUGGGCAGGCCCAGUGUCCACGUGUCCGCCUGUCUGUUCACCCGUGUGCCGGUGACCAUACGUCGGUGCGCCCUGCUCCGGCCACGGCAGGUGCAGGGUUAAAGCAGGGGGAAGGGUUUCCCGAGUCGGGAGCGGGGACGAGGGGCGGACCCCGUCCAGCCCCGCCCCGCGCCGGAGCAGAGCCUGAGCCCCGCCGGCGCCCGGCCUCAGCCCCAGCCAGAGCCGGCACCAGCGGAGCCAGAGCCGUGGACCCUGCGCCCGGCGGCGCCGGAGCCCCGGCCCGGUGAAGACCAAGUCCCUGGACUGGCCCCACACUCCCUUAUAGCCCCCGUAGAGUCAAGAUGAGGCCCCAUCAUGCCCUUCACUGAGGCCUACAGCCUGAGCAGAUAGCAUGGCCUGCCACUGUAGGUGAACACCAUGGCUACAGGAGGAGGCCGGGCCUUUGCUUGGCAGGUGUUCCCACCCAUGCCCACCUGCCGGGUAUAUGGCACAGUGGCGUACCAGGAUGGGCACCUGCUUGUGUUGGGGGGCUGUGGUCGGGCUGGACUGCCUCUGGACACUGCUGAGACAUUGGAUAUGGCCUCGCACACGUGGGUGGCACUGGCGCCCCUGCCCACUGCCCGGGCUGGCGCGGCUGCUGUGGUACUGGGCAAGCAGGUGCUAGUGGUGGGCGGUGUGGAUGAGGGCCAGAGUCCGGUAGCUGCUGUGGAGGCCUUCCUGGCUGACGAGGGCCGUUGGGAGCGUCGGGCCACUCUCCCUCAGGCCGCCAUGGGGGUUGCAACUGUGGAGAGAGAUGGUAUGGUGUAUGCACUGGGGGGAAUGGGCCCUGACACGGCCCCCCAGGCCCAGGUUCGGGUGUAUGAACCCCGCCGGGAUUGCUGGCUGUCGCUGCCCUCGAUGCCCACACCCUGCUACGGGGCCUCCACCUUCCUGCAUGGAAACAAGAUCUAUGUCCUGGGGGGCCGCCAGGGCAAGCUCCCAGUGACUGCUUUUGAGGCCUUUGAUCUGGAGGCCCGUACCUGGACCCGACACCCAAGCCUGCCCAGCCGCCGGGCCUUUGCCGGCUGUGCCAUGGCCGAAGGCAGCGUCUUUAGCCUGGGUGGCCUGCAGCAGCCCGGGCCCCACAAUUUCUACUCCCGCCCACACUUUGUCAACACUGUGGAGAUGUUCGACCUGGAGCAUGGCUCCUGGACCAAGCUGCCACGCAGCCUGCGCAUGAGGGACAAGAGAGCUGACUUUGUGGUUGGCUCGCUUGGGGACCACGUCGUGGCCAUUGGGGGCCUUGACCAGGGAAAUGAUGUCAGACAAGAAGCAAAUUCGAGCAAUUUUCUAAUUCGAGUUCAAAAUGGUUUGUAAAGCAGCAGACACAACUCACAACAUCAAUGAAGCAUUUGGCCCAGGAACUGCUGAUGAACAUACGGUGCAGAGGUGGUUCAAGAAGUUUUGCAAGAGACAAGAGCCUUGAAGAUGAGGAGCAUAUUGGUCGGCCAUCAGAAGUUGGUAACUACUAAUUAAGAGCAAUCAUCAAAGCUGAUCUUCUUACAACUACACAAGAAGUUGCCCAAGAACUCAACAUUAACCAGUCUAUGGUUUGGCAUGUGGCAAUUUGGCAUUUGGCAAAUUGGAAAGGUGAAAAAACUGAAUAAGUGGGUGCAUCAUGAGUUGACUGAAAAUUAAAAAAAAAAAAAAAAGUUUUGAAGGGUCAUUUUCUCUUAUGCUGUGCAACAACCACGAACCAUUUCUCAAUCAGAUUGUGACAUGAGACAAAAAGUAGGAUUUUAUACAACUGGCGACAACCUGCUCAGUGACUGGACCUAGAAGAAGCUCCAAAGCGCCUUCAAAGCCAAACUUGCAUCAAAAGAAAGGUCACAGUCCCUGUUUGAUGAUCUGCUGAUGGUCUGAUCAACUACAUCUUUCUGAAUGCCAGUGAAACCAUGACAUUUGAGAAAUAUUCUCAACAAAUCAAUGAGAUGCACCAAAACCUACAAUGUCUGCGGUCAGCAAUGGUCAACAGAAAGGGCCCAAUUCUUCUCCACAACACCUGACUGUACAUCACACAACCAAUGCUUCAAAAGCUGAAUGAAUUGGGCUAUGAAGUUUUGCCUCAUUAGCCAUACUCACCUGAUCUCUCGCCAACUGACUACCACUCCUUCAAGCAUCUUGACAACUUUUUGCAGGGAAAAUGCUUCCACAACCAGCAGGAGGCAGAAAAUGCUUUCCAAGAGUUCCUCAUUUCCUGAAGCAUGGAUUUUUAUGCUACAGGAAUAAACAAACAUUUCUCAUUGGCAAAAUUAUGUUGAUUGUAAUGGUUCCUAUUUUGAUUAAUAAAGAUGUGCCUGAGCCUAGUUAUGAUUUAAAGUUCACGGUCCAAAACUGCAGUUACAUUUGCACCAACAUAAUAGUAUCAUACACAAUAAUUUCACUGCCCUAAAAACCCUCUGUGCUCCACUUAUUCAACCCUCCCGCCCCUUCUAGCCUCUGGCAACUAGUGAUCUUUUACUAUCUUCAUAGUUUUGCCUUUUCCAGAAUAUCAUACAGUUGGAAUCCUGCA